GCCUGAGUCCGGGGGCGGGCUCUCGCACUGUCUUCACUUUCUCUUUCCAUUUUCCGGCUUCCGCCGCCACACUCCUCCAAGUUCAGAGUCCCUGGUCACCCUCUCACUCCUCUGCCUUGCGGUCUCCUUUGGACAGAUGAUCGGCCUUCUACCAGAUCCCCCAGCUUGGGGGAAAGAUGAAGCCCAGGGGCAGAGCCAAGCCUGGUCCUGAGGAAGGCAGAGCAGCCCCCUUUCCAACGAGAGAAGUGCCUCUCAAGCAGGAUCCCCUGGUCCCCUCCUUUCCCAAUGCGGGCCCGGAGCCCCGGUGCCCCCCCAGCCAGCUGGCCCCCGGGGCUGGGAGGGUUGCGGUCAUCCCCAUUCCCCCACCCCGUCCUGCAUGUUCUGCACCGCCUGGCCCGGGCCCUGCUCUUCCCUGCCUACUGGGCCCUGGACAGGCUUCUGGUGUGCUGGGUGCCCACUCCCCGCACUCCAUUUCCCUUUUUGACUCCCCUCCCGAGGAGACUGUGUCAUCUUCUGGUCACCCUGCUAGGAACGUUGGCAGCCCUGCUGCUGCUGAUAGCAGCUGUGCCCCUGCUGCUCCUGGGCUUGCUGCUCUGGUUACCUCUUCAGCCUUGUCGCCGCCCUUUCUGCUAUCAGCCACCUCCCGGGAAUUGGACACCCCCCUCGCCCUGGUGCCCUGCGUCAGAUCCCCACAGAAGCUUUGGCUUUCUCACUGCCAACCUCUGCUUGCUGCCUGAUGGCCUGGCCCGGUUCAGCAACCUGCAGCAUAGCCAGCAGCGGGCAGAGUAUGUGGGUACUGCCCUACUCGGGGGAGCCAAAGGGCCAAGCUACGGGGCCACGGGUUCCAGUCCGCCCCAGGCUAGUUCCCUGGUAGGGGAGCUGACGUCAGCCCUGCCUGGUAGCCUGGACUUUGUGUGCCUUCAAGAAACGUUUGACAUAAGAGCGGCAAGUAGGCUAGCCAGACGCCUGGCAAGCAUCCUAGGCCCUGUGAUAUACGAUGUGGGGACCACCGGCUUCUCUCCAGGGCCUCAGCUCAAACUCUUGGGUAGUGGACUCUUGCUGGUCUCCAGAUACCCGGUGCUCAGCGCCCGCUUCCUGCCCUUCCCUAAUAGCCGGAGGGAGGAUGCACUUGCCUCCAAGGGAUUACUCUCGGUUCAGGUACAGCUGGGCAUGCUGGACAAGCGGAGGAUUGUGGGCUACCUGCACUGUACCCAUCUGCACGCCCCUGAGGAGGACUGGGCCAUUCGCUGUGAGCAACUUUCACUUCUGCUGGGCUGGGCUGAGCAGUUUGAAGCACAGAGUGACAAGAAUGAUGAUGCUGUUGCUUUCAGUGUGCUCAUGGGUGACCUCAAUUUUGACAACUGUUCCCCAGAUGAUGCCCGGGAACAAGAGCAUGAACUGUUCACCCACUUCACAGAUCCUUGUAGGUUGGGACCAGGUCAGGAGCAGCCCUGGGCCAUAGGAACCCUGCUGAGUUUCCCGACGCUACACUGCCCAGUGGCCUGCUGUCCUGUGAAGCUGAGAAGUGCUCUGGAACAAGAGGAUGGGCGACAUAUAUACCUUGCAGGUCCUCCCACUGGGAGCCUCCCCCCGGGGUCCUGGCAAGGCAGAAGAAUAGACUACAUCUUAUAUCGGAGACAGCCUCAUAGCUUUCUCAUCCCCGCUGUAGAGCAAGUGACUUUUAGCACUGGUCUGGCGGGCCUGACUGACCAUCUAGCUGUAGGACUACGACUCAGGGUGACCACAGAGCCCAGGACAAUGUCAGACCGGGGCAACGCCAACACUGAACAAUGAAAGCAGCAAA